AUGAAACUAGUUACCAUAAUCAACGAACCGCUGAGGCGGCGACAGAUACCGCUUCGGAUUGUUUGCUGCGGAGGAGGAAGAGUAGGACAAGGCAGAAGGGGUAGACAGGCCUCUAAAUCAUGGGUCCCUGAGCGCACAGCGGCGGAAGCCACCGGACAGUCGCUGAGCUGCCCCACAGGAGACCGGAUCCGAAGCAAAGUUGAGCUGACCCGAUACUUGGGCCCUGCUUGCGACCUCACCUUGUUUGACUUCAAGCAGGGUAUCCUGUGCCACCCAGUCCCUAAGAAGCGGAAAAAGCCUUCAAAGCCAGUCAAAGCUCAGCAAUGUCAGAGCGCGCCGCGGAAGGGUGAGGCCAAUGGGAAGGCCCCCGUAGAAGCAGCUAAGGGUGAUGCUGGCACAGCUGCAACUUCGUUCCUUGCACCUGGGUGCUGCGAGAACUGUGGAAUCAGUUUCAUGAUAGAUGGUACCAGGAAGCAGCGGCUUAAGACACUGUGCAAGGACUGCCGAGCACAGAGAAUUGCCUUCAACCGAGAGCAGAGAAUGUUUAAGCGUGUUGGCUGUGGAGAGUGCAAGGCCUGCCAGGUGACCAGGGACUGCGGGACCUGCUCCACCUGCCUCCUGCAGCUGCCCCGGACUGCGGGCUCUGGGCUCUCCUGCAAGUGUGAACAGAGACGCUGCCUCCGGGUUGUGGGGCAGAACAGGAAAUGCGGGUCCUGUGCAGCCUGCCUGCGCCGAUCGGACUGCGGCCACUGCGAUUUUUGCUGUGACAAGCCCAAAUUUGGAGGCAGCAAUCAGAAGCGCCAGAAAUGCCGUUGGCGCCAGUGCCUGCAGUUCGCCAUGAAGCGGCUAUUGCCCAGUGUCUCUGCGGGAUCUGAGGAUGGAACAGAGCUGCCCUCGCCCUGUCGUCGUGGAAGGAAGUCUGUGUCUGCCCACCAGGCCCAGGUGGGGCCUAAUCCGAAGUCUCCCCUUGUCGUACCUGUAAUCCAGCCAGCCCAGGUCCAGACUCCAAUGAAGCAAGAGGCAGGUGGCUUUGUGCUGCCCCCGCCUGGCACUGACCUUGUGUUUCUGCGUGAUGGCACAAGCAGUCCCGUGCCAGUUCCUGGCCCUGCCCCUUCCACAGAAGCUCCAUUGCAGGCAGCAGAGCCGGUCCUGAAACGCGUGAAGCAGGAGCCACCAGACCCGGAGGAGAUCAGGAACGAGUCCACCUCCAACUCGGCCCCAGAGGAGGAGACAGGAGGGGUUGGCACACCUGUGAUCACGGAGAUUUUCAGCCUGGGCGGAAGUCGCUUCCGGGAUACAUCAGCCUGGUUGCAGGGCAGGCACGCGGGAAGGGAAGAUGGCUGUAUAGUAUGGGCAAGCCAGGAGUCCACGCAAGAGCCGGAACCCACGGGCCAGAGCCAGAGCCCACGAGGAUGGCCCAGCGUGCGUGGCAGUCUCCCACCAUCCCCAGCUUCGAUGAUGUGGGGGCGCUGCAGAAGAAGUUGGUGCCUGUCAUCACAGACUUAA